GAAAGCAGCACAGCAUUGCCAGAUUUCCUGAUAAAAUAAUGGGACAAUAAAAUAUUGUGUAGUAAAAACUGCAUGUGCAUAGUAGCUGUUUGUGAUCUUUUCCCAGAGUUCUAGGUAUCUGCUGUGGUAUUAAGGUAGCAGCUGAUCUCUAAACCAAAAGACUACACCAUCUAUAAAGAUCCCUUUUGUGUGGUGUCACAAAGGACACAGCUUUCUACUGAGACAACAGAAAUGGAGUGUGUGAGUGUUUCUGGAUCAUGGUUUACAGCUGUUACAAGGAACACUGACAACAAACAACAUGUGACCUCCCUCUGUUGGGAGGUUCUGCUUGUGAGCACCUGCAGGUGCCUGAGGCAGUAGAAUUUUCCAGCCACCUUCACACAAACUGCUUUUUGGCCUCUGAAAGCUGCAUGUUUUGGACACAUGCAAGAGGUGGAAUAGUGGUGCAUGAUAUCUACCUGCCUUCCCGAAUUUAAUCCUCAUACUGUAAAAGACAAUAACCUGAUAUAUAACUGUUAGUAUACUGCUAUGAACAUAUAAUUUUUCUGUGUUUGAUCUCACCUGUCAUCUCCUUUUCCAGCAGCUAAAAUAGUCAGAGAAUCCUACCCCAAUUUUCUUCCUAAAAGAGAAUUUGUGCCACGCCCUGACAAAACUCCUAGUAUAGAAGCACCUCUGUUUAUAGUCAGGUCAUAUUUAGAAGAUGACCUUCAUGGUCUGCAUGGAUUAAAAGAUUUAAAACUAAAUUAACUCACUUUCUAAACCAGAAAACUAAAUACAUCUGAGAUUCUUCUGAAAAUGAGAGUCUCAGUUAUACUCUGAAAAGUUCAGCUCUAUCUUUUGUUCAACUAAUGGACUUUUCUAUUUGAUGCUUGGAGUAUAACUUGUGGAGAUAUUAAGUGUUCAUUGAAAUUGCAAAAUAUUUUGCUCAAAAAAAGGCAAAAGUUAUCAGUUAGCAAAAGGCUCAGCAUUUAUUGUAUGCCCAAAUGACCUCAUUCCAGGCUAGUAACUGACAUACAACAUACAACUUGCCCGAGAAUUACUGUUUGAUAGUUUCCAGGCCUUGAUCAAGAUACUGGGGCCCUUCAGUGUAUGUUGAAACAUUCUGCUUUCUCUAAUGUCUAGCAUCAGGUGCUUUAGGUCCAAAAAGUAAGGCCUUAGGCAUUCAUGUGAUUCUCCAUUUAUUAAAAAUGGCAAAUCUGAUUAUAAGAAAAAAAACAAAGAGGACCUCUGAAAUAACAAACCCAGUAGCUAUUUGUUGUUUGAUAUUUGCAACUGUCUUCUAUUUCUUUGAUAUGAUCCUGAAUUUUGUUUGCAUUGAUUUCUUAUUUGACAUCUGAUUUGCAGUGUUUUCUGGGCUCUAUUUCCAGGAAGACUAUUGUUGACAUGUAAUUUCAGGAUAUGGAACCACUAAACGGCUUUUAAUUUGAUACAACACACAAUGUUGCACCAUUCACAAAUCACUAAAUUAUUCUAUCCAUCUUUUUGCAGCUAUUUUAGGUGGUAUCAAGUCAAACAGAAGAUUCUGCCUUAGUGAGACAGUAGAUUCUUCACACACAUAGUGGCAUCCUAACUCAUGAAAAGGGUCUAGAUUGUUGAUUGUAAGAAGAAAAGAUUGAGAUUUAGAUUUAGAGUUUGAUUUAGCAGCACUUGAUAUUUUAUUUCUCUAUGUCCUUUGUCAUAUACAUAAUGAUAGCCAUGAAAUUCUUUUUGAAGCAUAUUUUUUUGUUGGUUUGGAUAGCAUUUCUGCCUUAUUUCUGAGCUCCACCAUCAAAUCCAACUGAUGCCCUUACAGAUGUAAUUAAAAUUACUGUUUGGUUUUAAAGAGACUGAUACCUAAAUUUGAGAACUGCUGCUUUAAGGAAAUAUUUUUUCUUCCUUUUUUUUUUUCUCUCUAGUUUGCUUCUGAAACAAACAGCCAUCAGCAGAAGAUGCCCCUUCCUCAGACAAAAUUCUAAAAUAUAGACAAUGGAUUAUAAAAAUGAAAUCUUACAGAAACUUCAGAUGAACAUGGGGGAGAAAAGAGAGACUAUGUUGCAUAUGUGUGGUUAUACAGGAUCAAUUCCAGUGCAGUGUUGAUGAUAGAUGUUCUGAAAAUGUGUCCCAAGCAGAGUGCAAACCUGAUCCAUGCAUCCAGAUUUAUUACGUGUUCAGGAUGAAUUGGAUUUAUCGGACUUUUUAUUUCAUUUUCUUACUUGCUUCCGUUUACAGUGAAUGUGUGACUCAGAUCUAUGAAAAUACAUUCUUCCAAGGAGGAGACCUCACUACAGUUUUUACACCGAGUGCCAAUUACUGCCAAACAGUGUGUACUUACCAUCCUACCUGUCUGCUCUUCACCUACUUGCCAGCGACAUGGACUAAAGAUCCUGCAAAAAGGUUCUCCUGCUAUUUAAAAGACAGCGAUACAGAAAUGCUGCCGAAAGUGGAUAUGGAAGGAGCUAUCUCUGGACAUUCCUUAAAACAGUGUAACCAAAUUAGUGCUUGCAGCCCAGAUGUCCAUGUAGGCCUGGAUAUGGAAGGGAAUAUUUUUGAUAUUACUGUGGCUGACAGCUAUCAAGAGUGUCAAAAACGAUGUACCAACAACAACCGUUGUCAUUUUUUUACAUAUGCCUCUGAAACAUUUCACAAUGAAAGCUUUUGUAAAAAAUGCUUCUUGAAACGUACCAGUGUAGGAACUCCAACCAGCAUAAAGGUGCUUGAUGACGUUGUGUCUGGAUUCUCUCUAAAGCCAUGCCAGCUUUCUGAAUUAGAUUGUCAAAUGGACAUUUUUGAAGAUCAAGUGUUUUCAGGAAUUAAUGUUACAAGUUUUUUCACUCCUGAUAUUUCUGUCUGCCAAACUAUUUGUACAUAUUUUCCAAAUUGCUUGUUCUUUACAUUUUUUACCAGGAGAUGGCAAAUAGAAUCUCAAAGAAAUCUUUGCCUUCUGAAGACAUCAACUAGUGGAAUUCCAGAGGAACUCAUAUCACAAGAAAAUGCUGUAUCAGGCUUUGGCCUCCUAAAUUGCAGAAGAUCUUUUCCUGCCUGCAAUUCUCGCACCUACACGCAGAUGGAUUUUUUGGGAGAUGAACUUACUGUCACUUACACUAAAGGACACAGAGCCUGUCAGCAGGUUUGCACAGACAUGAUCCGCUGCCAAUUUUUUUCCUAUUCUCUCCUCCAAGGUUCAUGCAAUGAAGAAGGAAAAUGUGAGUGUCACCUAAGAAUGUCCUCAAAUGGAUCUCCAGUGAAAAUAGUACAUGGACCAGGAAGUAUCUCUGGAUACUCACUAAGAUUAUGCAAAAAAAAAGCCAUGUGUAUGCAGCAUUCUGCAGGAACCAUUAGGAUCGUUGGUGGCACAGACUCCUCCCCUGGAGAGUGGCCGUGGCAGGUCAGCUUGCACGCCAAGCUGUCUCGCCAGAGACACCUGUGUGGGGGCUCCAUCAUCAGCAACCAGUGGAUCCUCACAGCUGCUCACUGUGUGGCGAGUCUAGACAAUCCCAGCAUUUGGCGUAUUUAUGCUGGUAUUUUGAGACAAUCAGAAAUAAAUGAGGAUACACCCUUCUUCAAAGUGGAAGAAAUUAUUGUUCACUCUCAGUAUAAAUAUGCACAUAUUGGAUAUGACAUUGCUUUAAUGAAACUUGCUGAGCCUAUGAAUUUUACUGAUUUUCAACUACCUAUCUGCCUGCCAUCAAAAGAAGACACUAACAUAUUUUAUACAGACUGUUGGGUAGUUGGAUGGGGUUACAGAAAAGAAAAAGGUCGGGUACAAGAUAUUCUUCAAAAGGCUCCUGUUCCCUUCAUGUCAAAAGAGGAAUGCCAGGCAAGGUACCGGAAGCACAGGAUAGGUGACAAAGUGAUCUGUGCUGGCUAUGAUGAAGGAGGAAGGGAUGCUUGUAAGGGAGAUUCAGGAGGGCCCCUGUCAUGCAGGCACGAGGAGGUGUGGUACCUGGUGGGCAUCACCAGCUGGGGCGAAGGGUGUGCUCGCCCCAGGCAGCCGGGGGUCUACACCAAGGUUGCUGACUAUUCAGACUGGAUUCUAGAAAAAACUGCACAGAAUGAGCACUACUGACUCACUCAAAGUGUUGCUGUGGAAUAACAACCAUCAGAGCAACGGGAUAAAGUGCUUUUUCAAUGGUGUUUUUUGUUAGCCUGGAGUGUAAAGUACCUGUUUUAAAAUGUAGAAAAGCAGUAAUGUAGGAAUGAAUGAAUUCUCCUAUUACUAAAUAAAAAGCAGUAAUAACAAUAAACUCUGUGAUCACUGAUUUGGCAGAAGAAAAUAUGGCUGAGUCACAGACCUCUGUUCUUGCUAGCAUAGAACAGGAGUGCAUGAGGUUGUGAGACAUGUAUGGACCUUGAAGCUGGGAACUACUUCUGUCUUAGGAGGUUGCCACACCACAAAAAGAAAUUUCCCUCUCUUGUCUGAAUAUAGUUAAAAUGGGCAAACCACUUACAAGCUUACUGGAGGGCUGGGGAGAAAGGAAGCUGAGGAGUGGAAAUGCCUACACAGUUGAAUUCCCCUAGUUUUCCUUGGGGAAUUAACCAAAAAAGUGUCAGUACUAAGAAAGAAAACAAGUCCAGAGGUCUUGGCAGAGGGACACACAUGGAUGCAGACACCUCUAAGCCCAGUUCAUGCUGGAGAGUCCCAUCCUGCUGUUCCCAGCAGUCUGCCAAGGAUUUGCACAAGUGUGGUUUACCAUUGUGCUGUGAUCUCCACUGGGCUUUGAUCUGCUCAGGGGCAAGGCAGGGAGCUUGAGCCUGACCCUUAGGGGCCUCCAAGUUACCAAACACCCAUGUUAUCUAUACACAGAUGUUCUGGAGGCACACAGAACACAAACAUUGGAAGGCAUAAAAUACUUUUUUUUUUUUUACAUUGUUGCUCUCCAGACUUUUUGCAUUCCCGGCUGCAAGGUCACUUGAGUGUGUUUACAAUCCCCACCAGUCUUCCACUUUUGACCCAUUGCUCCCAAUGAGCUGUCACCUACAUUAUUCUAAUUUCUGUGGAUAAUUUUGUGAUGAGAAGGAUAAUGAGGGUCUACUUCUCUUAAGCAAGAAUAUCCAGAAAAUCUACAGAAGGAUCUCCUCACCCAAUAUAUAUUUGUAUUUUUCAAAUAUCUAACUCUGUAAUUAAAGAAACAACUUUAUCCUCUUCCUAGAUCUCUUUGUUUCCUUUUAUAAUUUUUUGUUAUUUUGUGCCAGGUAUCAAACAUAUUUCAUGGCUAAAAUUAAUACUAGUGUGAGAAUCAGGAAUCAAAAAUUAAUUACUUUCCCAUAGUAAGAAGCAGCAUUUCACACUGCAUCAGAAAGGAGAGUGCCAACACUGUCUUUGCCAAACUUUAUGAACUUGUUUCCUAAUCAUCUACAUUACCAUAAUUGCUGAAAAUAUGUUCCAGAGUGCUACUCAUAAUUGUUCUACACCACACUGGGUGGUGAGCAGCAGGAGUGACUCUGCAAGUAAAUGAGGUCAUGAAACUUAGGAAUUAAACAUCAAAUUUAUGGGAGAUAAGAAUCAAGCUGCUGAAAAUUACUUUUGUCUUUAAUUUUUUAUGCUUUAUUUGUAAAUAAUACUGAGGGAAAAAAGUGUAAUUCCACACUACA